UGGCGUUCCGGCAUUAUCGGUUGGUUCGUUACGUGGAUAGGUCCGUCUUGCUUGGGGUUCUCAUCUUCGGACGCCCAAAUGCGGUCCCUCUGCGCAUUAUUCGCCGUCCUGGCGAUCUCCGCUGUAACCGCGGAAGUCUUCUUCGAAGAGAAAUUCCUCGACGAUUCUUGGGAGAAGGAAUGGGUAUACUCGGAGCAUCCUGGGAAGGAGUUUGGAAAAUUUGUUCUUAGCCAUGGCAAAUUUUGGAAUGAUCCAGAAAAUGACAAAGGUAUCCAAACUUCGCAAGAUGCAAGGUUUUACGCCUUGAGCAGGAAGUUUACACCAUUUAGCAACAAGGAUAAACCACUUGUCAUUCAGUUCUCUGUUAAACAUGAACAGAAUAUUGACUGUGGUGGUGGUUAUUUAAAGGUGUUUGACUGCUCACUGGAUCAAAAGGACAUGCAUGGAGAGAGUCCAUAUUUGAUAAUGUUUGGUCCGGACAUUUGUGGACCUGGUACCAAGAAGGUGCACGUCAUCUUCAAUUAUAAGGGAAAGAAUCUUCUGAUCAAUAAGGACAUUCGUUGCAAAGAUGAUAUCUACACUCAUAUUUACACACUUGUCGUUAACCCAGAUAAUACAUACAAGGUAUUUAUCGACAAUGAAGAAGUAGAAUCUGGAGAACUGGAAGUAGACUGGGACUUCUUGCCACCAAAGAAAAUCAAGGACCCAUCGCAGACCAAACCAGAAGAUUGGGAUGACAAAUCUACCAUACCUGAUCCCGAUGAUAAGAAACCUGACGACUGGGACAAACCAGAAUACAUUCCUGACCCCGAGGCAUCUAAACCUGAAGAUUGGGAUGAUGAAAUGGAUGGGGAAUGGGAAGCUCCUAUGAUUAAUAACCCAGAUUACAAGGGCGAGUGGAAACCAAAGCAAAUUGACAACCCGAAUUACAAAGGACCCUGGGUUCAUCCAGAAAUUGAUAAUCCAGAAUACACGGCUGACCCUAACCUUUAUCAUAAAGAUGAAAUCUGUGCCGUUGGAUUUGAUUUAUGGCAAGUGAGGGCCGGUACCAUCUUUGACAAUGUUCUUAUCACAGAUGACUUAGAGACUGCUAAGAAAUUCACAGAAGAAGUCGGAAAACCGACCCUUGAAGGAGAAAAGAAAAUGAAGGAAGCACAAGAUGAAGAGGAAAGAAAGCAGAAGGAAAAGGAGAACAAAGAAAGCUCAGAAGACAAAGACGAAGAUGAAGAUGAGGAUGAUGACGAAGAAGAAGAAGACAAUGCUAUUCCUGAUGUGGAAGAGAAACACGACGAAUUGUAAAUACGUGUCAGCAGGCACAAACACAGACUGUAUUCCAGGAGCUAUACGGUCGCGACAUGCACUAGCCACAAUGGCACACACACACGCGACUUCGAGAUGGAUUUCCGUAUAGCAUAUAUGAGAGGGGUUCUUCCAAUGUCGCGUAGACGGAAAACGUGAUAUAAACGUAAAAUGGAAACCCUUGCAGUCAACGCCUCAAACUCGAAGAGUGACUUUUGAAGAUCCUGAUAGAAGACAGCAAAUGCUGGGAAUCUGCCAAUUCGGGGAUUACAUGAUCACUCGAUCGCCCUCCUUGCCUAACGACGGACGAGGUGGUCGAUUGAAUCGCGUGGGUGUGUGUGUGUUACACUCGCGAGCAAGCAAAAAAAAGUUGUCUUUACCUGCGCCUACAAGUGCGCUGUGCCGUCGCAGCUCCAAAAGACUUAAGUUGUUCCGUUUUUGUUUGUCGAGUGUUUUUAUAUACAUAAAGAGUAAUUGAAAAAUGUAAUUUAAUAACGCUAUAUAAUAUUAUUUCGUUCUCCGUACGGCGUAUGCGUAAUUCACUCCGUAACUACUAGUAGUUAAGUCAAAGUGGACGGUGCGUGCAAAAAUGACUGAGUGAUAAUAAUUGAUAAUUAUAUCAAGCCACCAAUAAUCGUGUAAUAAAUAAAUAAGACUUUUCUAGA